UGGUGGGCGUACAUCUCAUCCUGCACGGGAGCUAGGCACAUUGGAAACCCUGGCUAUCCUAGUUGAGUCAGCGAGAUCCUAAAGGGAAUGGGUGCCCCGCCCUGGCCGGCCGCUCCAGCCUCGCGGGCCUCGCGUGGCGUGGGGUAAUUAGGUGCAGCACCCGCCCGCUUGGCUGCCCGACGCGCGGGGGCGGGAACGCCGUCAAAGCGAGGCCUUCCCAAAGGACCGCGACCUGUUGUUUUUACUGGAAAAAUAGGACCUCAUGAUCCCGCCACGACAAAGUGUGGGACAGUAGGUGGGAGGGGUCUGGUCUGAGUGGCCGCACGCCCGAGGUCGCAGCAAAAAGGCUGGCCGAGUGACUCGAGUGGUAGAGCCGAAGCGCGGCACGGCGCGGGGCUUUUGUGUGGCGCGGGUUUCCCAGUCCAGCAACCGUGCUGAUUGGCAGCGAGACGCUCUGAGGUGCUCAAGUAAGGGGACGUCCUCUCCGUCAGACCCCGCAGCCGGGGACCGCGGGGAUCUUCCCGGAGACUGUUCGGCAAGCUCCAGCGAGCUGGGGCGUGGCGCCAAGACUUUCAAAAAACCCGCACAAGCCAAGAGCAGAAUGUGUCGUUUGCUUCUAGCGCGCAAGCGGAGUCGCGCCCGCCUUCCUGUGCCCGGGCGCAGCGACCGCUUUCGUCUCUAGCGCCCUCCCGGGCCCCGGGAGAACAAUGCCGGUCCUCUCCGCGCGCAGGAAGAGGCUGGCGAGCACGGCCGGGCCGCGGCGGCGGAGUGGACCCAGCCUGGCAGUCCGGUGGGUUCCUUCUUUCGGUCCAGAGCCGGCCUCCGGUCGCAGCCGCGCACCGAUGCGGCCCCGGGGGGCUACGUGCACAACCGCACGGCAAGGGGCGGGCCGAGAUCCGAGGCUGCUCCCGGGACCUCCCGGAAGAUCCCUCCACCGCUGCGGUCCCGACCCUAGAGGGGCAGGCCGAUCCUCCAGAGCCUGCGAGUUGGGGGCUAGAGCGGCCAGGCCUCUGGGCCGGGUCGAGCCCGGGCCGCCGACGGCUGCGUCACGCGAGGGGGCGGUGCUGCCACGGGCGGAGGCCGGAGCCGGAAGCGGAAGAGGCGCUCGGAGUGGGGAGUGGGGCCUAGCCGCAGCCGGAGCCUGGGAGACGAUGCAUCACUGUAAGCGAUACCGUUCCCCAGAGCCAGACCCGUACCUGAGCUACCGCUGGAAGAGGAGGCGGUCUUACAGUCGGGAGCAUGAAGGUAGACUACGAUACCCAUCCCGAAGGGAGCCUCCCCCAAGGAGAUCACGGUCCAGAAGCCAUGACCGCCUACCCUACCAGCGGAGAUACCGCGAGCACCGUGACAGCGAUACAUACCGGUGUGAAGAGCGGAGCCCAUCCUUUGGAGAGGACUGCUAUGGGUCUUCACGUUCUCGACAUCGGAGACGGUCACGAGAGAGGGGGCCGUAUCGUACCCGCAAGCAUGCCCACCACUGUCACAAACGUCGUACCAGGUCUUGUAGCAGCGCCUCCUCGAGAAGCCAACAGAGCAGUAAGCGCAGCAGCCGGAGUGUGGAAGAUGACAAGGAGGGUCACCUGGUGUGCCGGAUCGGCGAUUGGCUCCAAGAGCGAUAUGAGAUCGUGGGGAACCUGGGUGAAGGAACCUUUGGCAAGGUGGUGGAGUGCUUGGACCAUGCCAGAGGGAAGUCACAGGUUGCCCUGAAGAUCAUCCGUAAUGUGGGCAAGUACCGGGAGGCUGCUCGUCUAGAAAUUAAUGUUCUCAAGAAAAUCAAGGAGAAGGACAAAGAGAAUAAGUUCCUGUGUGUCCUGAUGUCUGACUGGUUCAACUUCCAUGGUCAUAUGUGCAUCGCCUUUGAGCUCCUGGGCAAGAACACCUUUGAGUUCCUGAAGGAGAACAACUUCCAGCCUUACCCCCUACCACAUGUCCGGCACAUGGCCUACCAGCUCUGCCAUGCCCUUAGAUUUCUACAUGAGAACCAGCUGACCCACACAGACUUGAAGCCAGAGAACAUCUUAUUUGUGAAUUCUGAGUUUGAAACCCUCUACAAUGAGCACAAGAGCUGCGAGGAGAAGUCAGUGAAGAACACCAGCAUCCGAGUGGCAGACUUUGGCAGUGCCACAUUUGACCACGAACAUCACACCACCAUUGUGGCUACCCGUCACUAUCGCCCACCUGAGGUGAUCCUUGAGCUGGGCUGGGCACAGCCCUGUGAUGUCUGGAGUAUUGGCUGCAUUCUCUUCGAGUACUACCGUGGCUUUACCCUCUUCCAGACCCAUGAAAACAGAGAACACUUGGUUAUGAUGGAGAAGAUCCUAGGGCCCAUCCCCUCACACAUGAUCCACCGUACCAGGAAGCAGAAAUAUUUCUACAAAGGGGGCCUGGUUUGGGAUGAGAACAGCUCUGAUGGGCGGUAUGUGAAGGAGAACUGCAAACCUCUGAAGAGUUACAUGCUCCAGGAUUCCCUGGAGCAUGUGCAGCUGUUUGACCUGAUGAGGAGGAUGCUAGAAUUCGACCCUGCUCAGCGCAUCACACUGGCAGAAGCCUUGCUGCAUCCCUUCUUUGCUGGCCUGACCCCUGAGGAGCGGUCCUUCCACAGCAGCCGUAACCCCAGCAGAUGACAAGUGCAGGCCAGCAUACGAAGAGUUGGAGAGCUGGACUGGGCUCCUGGCCCCUUUUCUCCAGCCUCUCCCACUGGCCUCCGAGCCAGGGCCACCGAUGAACAGUGCAAUGUGAAGGAAGGCAAGGAGCCUGCAAGGGACGGGGGGAUGUGGUGCCCAGCUGCCAGAAAGCACAGAUUGGACCCAAGCUAUUUAUAUGUUGUAAAGUUAUAAUAAAGUGUUUCUUACUGUUUGUA